GCCACGCGUGUUGAAAGCUUUUUGGUGAAAAGAUACGUGUUAUAACUUUAAUGUGGCGUGUCCUCAGACCCUGAGGUACCUGGCAGAAUCGUCUCAAAACAUCGUCUCCAUGAAGAACGAGCUAGGCAUGAUGGUGAGCCUGGAGACUCUGAUGGAAAAUUGUGGACUGAGUACUGACAUCACAGACCUUGCUAAAGAGGUGUAUGAAAUACUGAGUGCACCGGCGAGGACAGAAACUCUCAGAACUCCUGUGCAACCGAUGAGGAGGAAUAAACCUCAGUUCUUCAUCAACAGUUCUAAUAAAAAGGCCAAAACGGUCACACUGCACAUACAGGGUUUGGACGGGACGGAUCAGCGAGGUGUGUGUGAAGAGGCUCUUCUGAAGGUUAAAGGAGUCAUCAGCUUCACUUUCCAGAUGGCUAUGAAGAGAUGCACUGUGCGUGUGCGUGCAGAUCUGUCCACCGAGAGUCUGGCAUCAGCCAUUGCGGCAACUAAAGUGCUUUCAGCUCAGCAGGUGGUGAAGAAUGAGCAUGGAGAAGAGGUUUUCAUCCCUCUCAACACUGCAGACACACACAUAGAGGAGAACCACCACCUGCCAGAUUAUUUACCAGAGGACGAGAGUCCUGAGAAGCAGACGGACCGCGCCGUGUCCCGCACUGCUGCCAAACAGGAUGCCAGUGGGAGCUGGCUGAGCUCAGCGGCCAGCUUUCUUACCAAAACUUUCUACUGGUGAAGCUUUGGGCUUCAAUUCGUGUAAAUAACUGGACCACACAAGGACCACAGGGAAAGAAAAGGACUUUUAUAAUGUUUGCUGAGUGUACAAGAGCUCAGAUCUACUCAGCCACUUCCAUGAAAACAGAAAGUGGUGUUAUAAUAUCCGGUUCUACAAGUAUACUGCUCGAUGCCUGGAUAUACGUCUUCACACUUUGUUUAUGUAAUGUUUCCGAAAUGAUUUCUGUCGGUUUCUAUUUUUGUGUUAUUUCUGUUACCUUGAUGUGUUGUGUAAAUAUAUACCUGUGGAGCUAUUUUACACUUUGUCUCGUUUCAAGAAAAUAUUUAGUUGAACUUAAAACAGAUUCUGAUUAAAAUGUAAAAUUGCACGA